AUGCGUCUCGCUGCUCUCGGGACCGUGUUGUUGACGGCCGCGACCUCGGUCGUCGCCGUCAAGGUCAAUCCUCUGCCUGCGCCGCGUAACAUCACCUGGGGAUCGUCAGGUCCCAAACAUCUGGCCGGCCCGCUCACCCUGCGGUCCAACGGCGACACGCAUGAUUCCAUUCUUUCCAACGGCUGGAAUCGCGCGUGGCACUCCAUUGCCGCCCUGAGAUGGACUCCCGCCGCCGUUGAGGCCCCCAUCUCGUCAUUUGAGCCGUUUCCUACCGCCACUGCCAGUGCGUCCAAAGCCAAACGGGCGUCGGCAUCUCUGCAGUACGUCGACGUGCACGUCAAAGACAAGAAAGCCGAUCUCCAGCACGGCGUGGACGAGUCCUACACCCUCGACAUCGCGGAGGGCUCGAAUGCCAUCAAGGUCAGGGCCCAAACCGUCUGGGGCGCGCUCCACGCCUUCACGACCAUCCAGCAGAUCAUCAUCUCCGACAACAACCUGGGCUUGAUCGUGGAGCAGCCGGUGCAUAUCGAAGAUGCGCCGCUGUAUCCGUACCGCGGCAUCAUGCUCGACACCGGUCGAAACUUCAUCUCGCUCCCCAAGAUCUUCGAACAGCUGGACGGCAUGUCGCUCUCCAAGCUCAACGUGCUCCACUGGCAUCUGGAUGACACGCAGUCGUGGCCCGUGGUCGUCCAAGCCUACCCGCAAAUGAUCAAGGAUGCGUACUCGCCGCGCGAGACGUACUCGCGGCAGGACAUGCGUCGCGUCGUCGAGUACGCCCGCGCCCGCGGCAUUCGCGUGAUCCCCGAAGUCGACAUGCCCAGCCAUUCCGCCGCCGGCUGGCAGCAGGUUGACCCCGAAAUUGUCACCUGCGUGCACUCCUGGUGGUCGAACGAUGACUGGCCGCUCCACACGGCGGUCGAGCCGAACCCGGGCCAGCUGGAUAUCAUCAACAACAAGACGUACGAAGUGGUCGGCAACGUGUACCGGGAGCUGUCGCAAAUCUUUUCCGACCACUGGUUCCACGUCGGCGCGGACGAGAUCCAGCCCAACUGCUUCAACUUCAGCCGGUACGUGACGGAAUGGUUCGCCGAGGACCCCUCGCGCACCUACAACGACCUGUCGCAGUACUGGGUAGACCAUGCCGUGCCCAUGUUCCAGAAUGUCAGCAAGGACCGCCGUCUCGUCAUGUGGGAAGACAUCGUACUGUCGACGGAACACGCACACCACGUGCCCAAGAACAUCGUCAUGCAGAGCUGGAACAACGGGCUCGAGUACAUCUCGAACCUGACGGCGAACGGCUACGACGUGAUCGUGUCCUCGUCGGACUUUUUGUACCUCGACUGUGGCAAGGGCGGCUUCGUCACCAACGACCCGCGCUACGACGUGAUGGCCAACCCGGACCCCAGCACGCCCAACUUCAACUACCAGGGCAACGGCGGCUCGUGGUGCGCGCCGUACAAGACGUGGCAGCGCAUCUACGACUACGACUUUACGACGAACCUCACGGACGCCCAGGCCAAGCACAUCGUCGGCGCGACCGCGCCCCUGUGGAGCGAGCAGGUCGACGACGUGACCGUGUCCAGCAGUUUCUGGCCGCGCGCCGCCGCGCUGGCCGAGCUGGUGUGGUCGGGCAACCGGGACGCGGCCGGCCACAAGCGCACGACCCUGAUGACGCAGCGUCUCUUGAACUUCCGCGAGUAUCUGGUGGCCAACGGGGUGAUGGCGACGGCGCUGGUGCCAAAGUACUGCCUGCAGCACCCGCACGCGUGCGAUCUGUACCGGAACCAGAGUGCUGUUCAGUAA